GCCUCUCUGUACACCACAGAACACACCCAGUGCAUAACUGUCGUAUGUUCUGAGGAGCGGAGUCAAGAAAGAACAUUUGGCAGCUAAACUGCGCACUCAGUGUAGUUGUGGACCUACUCCGAGUGCUGUCUGACUGCUGGAUAUACAAGAAUCAGAUAUUCUGAAACCAGGGUAAUCACUGGUGCAGCUGAGAGGAGCUUGUAAUGGAGAAAUCUAAGGAAGGCGUGGACCAGGGGACUGAGGAGGGCGACACGGCCCAAGCUGCAGGUUCCGACAGUAAAGACGAAAUGGUGACUCAGCCACCGGUACAGAAGACGUCACCAACCGCACCGUCCUCAGAAAAAAAAUUUCAGCCUUCGUCGGAACGAAUGUCACUGACUCGAGCUAAACGAACAGUAUUAAAGACCUUCGGUAAAAAGCCUAACAUAAUUCAUCCGGCUCCCUCUUCAGCUACUGCAUUCGAGGAAACGGACGCUCCCACUGACUCAGCAACAGAAACUGCAAUUGCCAGCGGAAAAGACAUUUCCACUGCCACUGCCACUGCCACUGCCACUGCCUCGACUUCCUUGGCAUCUCGCACUACCACUUAUCCUUCUACUGCCACAGCAAAGGACCCUUCAAUCGUCAAAACAAUCACUGAUAUUUCUACUGCCACAGCAAAGAAGGAUCUUAUCAUUACCACAGCAGCUACUGACAUUCCUACUGCCAGCACAGAGACCGAUCCUUUAAUUGCCACAACUACUGACAUUCAUACCGCCAGGACAAUUGCCUCGACUUCCGAAGAUGCUCGUGCUACUGCUGGCAUUGAAACUUUCAUUGCACCAGACCCUACCGAUCACCCCAGUGCCACAACGGCCACGGGGCCUUCCACUGGAACAGCCGCUGGGUUUUCAAACGCCUCAACUCAGACUACCACUACAGUUAUCAAGAAAAAUGACACGUCCACAGACGACGACUCCUCCACCUCCGAGGACACUGACUCCUCCACCUCCGUGGACACUGACACUUCCUCUUCCACUGACACUUCUACGGACGCCGACACUUUUACAUACACUGGUCACGGACGUAAAUACAAACACAGUUUAUUAAGAAAGUUCAUUGAGGCAAGGAAAAAGCCCUCUCAACCUAAGCCAAUUCCUGACUCAGAAGAUGAACUAUUUGAAUUGUUGGAUUCUGAUGACUGACAGAGAUCAGUUUGAAAUGGACGCG